AUGGAAACCUACUGCGUUGGAGAAUUUGAUGAAUUUUCUGAGCCUCGUGUAAACACGAAAGAAGGUGUAUGUUAUGGUUUGAAGUAUCGUACCAUAUCUGCUGCGGAGUCCUGCCUGGAUUUUCUCGGUCCUCUACAGAUGUCAUUUUUGACAAAAAUCGGGUGGGAGCCAAAGGACCGAGAAUCUAUCCGCUUCUUUAUAACAGCCUCACUAUCUGUGCUAUCUGGAAUUCAUCUCUGUUGUACCACAGGGUUGAUGGUGUAUAGCGGGACAGAGACAAAGAUUAGACUAUAUUCCUAUCAUUAUCAACUUGUCAUUGGUGUACUGGUAACAUUCAUGGGCAUUUUUCACUUUAGAUUCUGUUGCACUUUCUUCUUUCUUGGUUUACCCUUUGCCGUUGGCGUUUACUCUGUCAUUCAGGGCAUAGUAUCUUGGCGGUCCAGAUGUCAUGGUUCAAUAGUUCGGGCAAUGAAUGUCACUGGAGCAGCGCUAGCUCUCCUAAUGUUGGCAGCGACGAUAUUUGGAAUAUUCUGUUGGGCCCAUAGGUAA